AUGAGUCGUGACGUGUCUCGGUCUGCCGUCUUCCUCCUUCUUGGCAGCGCUGCGGAAGCCUACGUCAUCGAGCAUCUCCUUCCGGAAUCUAAAAAGACCUCGUUCCAACUCCGCCGCCAUGAAGAUCUCGAUGGAGAGCGAAGACGAAGUGCUGCCGCUCCUGCGCCGCGUGGGGGGGGUGCGGUCUCCACGGCGUCGACGUCUCCCUCGUCGUCGACGUCUUCCGCCUCGUCUCCAAGCGCGUCGACGGCUCCAGAUACUAUCGAAGAAGAGCUCUACUCGUGCAAAGGCGUGUGCGCGCCGCCGGCCGCCGCCGCAGACGCCCCGCGCUGCUGCCAGGCGAUGGACGUCGCUCACAACGACUUCGGCGAAGACCAUUCUUUCUCUGCUUGGGUUAGGAGACUCGGCACAGCCGUGCGGGAGGCGCUCUUCCAUCCGGCAGCCGUCUCGCCCUUCAUCUUCCACCGCGCCUGUCACGCCUCCUUCGGCGGCGACAUUGAGCACGACCUGGGCGACCUCGUGCCGGCGACCCAAGCGGCGUCUACUGCGGCUGCCUCCCGGCGUCGCGCGCCGCUCUCCUGUCUGACCUGGUCGCCCCAGGCGCUGCUGCGGACUCUGCAGAGCGGCGACGCGCUCUUCGCAGGACUCUCCCUGAAGGGGUGCCUCGGCGAAAUGCUCGGCACCUUCCUCGUCGCGUUUGUCGUCCAUGCUGCGGGGCGGGCUGCGAGUCUCCACGCGAGAGCGGCCGAUGCCGAAGGCCUAGCGGCGGAAGACUUUUUCUUCAGCGGCUGGGGCAUCGCGGCGCGACUGCCGCUCCUGCUCUACACAGUCGGCGCCGUCCUCGGUUUCUUUUGCAACCCCGCUUUCUUGUACGCGGCUUACAGCGCCUUCGCGCGCUCUCCGUCUGCUUGUGCCGACGUUUGUGACGCCGCGCGCAUGAACUGCGUCUCAGUCAACCUCCUCGCCGCUCUCCACUACAUCGCCGCUGGCAUCGCGGCGUUCAUCGCUCUCGCUCUUCUCCCCUUGGACCUGCAGACUGCGGAGGCCGCGCGGAAGGCCGAUCUUCUCGGUUCGCAGCUCGCGUGGCUCGCCAUCACUGAGGCGCUCGGCGCCUGCCUCAUGGGUGCGGCCGUUCUUCAGCUGCUGUCUCUCUCGUCGUUUUUCCGCGCCUCGCGCCAGCAGGCGUGUCGCGCACUCUUGACGGAGGCGCGGCGUGGGAGGGGUGCGUCUGGGAGUGCACACCCGUCGCCAGCGGCGUUGCCGACUUCUUCGUCUUUGCGCCGCUCCUUCUUCUCGCGCUCGUUCCCCUUCUUCGGGACUCAGGCCGACCUCGCCUCCUCGUUUGCGUCGCCGGCGCCUCUGCGGCACGUAGCCAAGCCGCCGGCGCGUGCGGUCGCGCUUCCGCUGCUGCUGCUUCUUCUCACUUGGGCUCUCCCGCCGUCGCGAUCGUCUCUGAACCCCGCCAUCGCCUACACCUCAAACUGCGCCCGCCGGCAAGCGGGGAAAUUCUUCUUCGCGCCGAGCGGCCAAAAUGUGGGUGCCCAACAACCUGCGGCGGCUGCGCGUGUCGUGAGGGCGCCGGGGAGCUGGGCGGCAGUGCCGCCCGCAACGGACAGCGCACCAGUGCUUGAGGUGCCUGUGAGGGAGGAUGGCGAGGGAAACUUUAUCGAACUGGAGUCGUCAGUGCACCUCGAAACGGUAGCUCCGGCUACCUCUUCUUCCUCCUCGCCGUCGCCCCCUUCUUCUGGCGAAGCGCCCCGCCACAGCGAGUCGUCGUCCUUCGUGGCUGUGCAUGCGAACUCGCCGUCGCCUUCCGCGCCCGUGGCCUCCUCGUUUUCACUGGAGGGGGGCGUCGUGCCCUUCUCGUUGUUGGAGGGCGCGCCAGAGGAGGCCGAGGCCAAAGUGAGCGCCGCGGAACCUGCUGAAGAUACCGGGAAGGAGCAAGAGGUUCGUCCUGUUCAAGCGCUGCCUGCCUCGGCCUCGCGCUUCUUCGAGGAGGGCGAGGCGAACGAGGAGGCCGGGGGCGUGCCGGAUUUUCUGCUCCCUCCUGGCGUCGGGGAAGACAAGGAGGAAGUCGAAGCCAUUCAUGUUCUCAACAGAGAGGGAGGGGACGGCGAGAUCCUCUUCGAGUUCGAUGAAGCCUGUGCGACUGCAACCCCCUGGUUUUCCUUCUUCCUCCUCUUCUCGGCCGCGCCCUACCUGGGCGCCCUCGUAGCGGCGCUGCUGUGGAAGAGGCUUGGAGGAAGCGAUAAGCAAGGCUGGCUGGCUGUUGACGCCUCUCUUAUCGGUUGA